AUGGGGUGCAGCAUGAGCCGUCUCGCCAAGGCGGCCAUCUCGGUGGCCAUCCUGGCUCUCCUCUUCAUGCCCGGCGCCAUGGCGGUUGCCGUCGCCAGCUUCGAUGCCUCCCGUAGCCAGCGCUUACCUCUGCCUCGCGGGUAUCUGCGUGGACCGGAGAGCGUCGCGUUUGACGGCGAGGGUCAUGGUCCUUACAGCGGUGUCUCUGACGGACGCAUCCUCAAAUGGAACGGAGACAAGAUCGGAUGGUCGACCUACGCCUACGGCCCCGACUACAGCAGCGAGGCGUGCACCGCGUCCAAGCUCCGCUCGGAGACUGUCACCGAGAGCCAUUGCGGGCGUCCGCUCGGCUUGCAGUUUCAUCACAAGUCUGGGAACCUAUACAUUGCUGACGCUUACAAGGGGCUCAUGUGGGUUGGCCCAAGCGGUGGGGAGGCGACGGUGUUGGUCAAUCAAGUGGAUGGCGCACCUCUACGCUUCACCAAUGGGGUUGAUGUCGACCAGAUCACCGGGCAAGUCUAUUUCACGGAUAGUUCCAUGAACUAUCAAAGGUCACAGCACGAGAUGGUUACCAGGACAGGGGACUCGACGGGCCGUCUCAUGAGGUACGACCCACGGACGAAUGACGUUACCACGCUGCAGUCAGGCAUCACGUACCCCAACGGUGUCUCAAUCUCUCAUGACCGCACACACCUCGUGUUUGCGUCCACGGGCCCCUGCAAGCUUCUAAGGUACUGGAUCAAAGGGCCUGAGGCUGGCAAGACCGAACCUUUUGCCGACCUUCCAGGUUACCCUGACAAUGUUAGGCGAGACAGGAGGGGUGGUUACUGGGUGGCCUUGCACCGCGAGAAGAACGAGCUUCCCUUUGAAUUUGGUAGCCAUCUCCUCGCCGUCAGGGUCGGACCGAACGGGAAGGUACUCGAAGAGAUGAGAGGACCUAAGAGCGUGAGACCGACGGAGAUUAACGAGAGGGGCAACGGCAAGUACUACAUGGGCUCCGUCGAGCUGCCGUAUGUCGGCGUAGUUACGCAUGAAUAG